CUCGGUCGUCAAAUACACCUCAUACCUGUACUCCGCUCUGCGAAUCAUUCCUGGGGUACAUCUGGUCUAGUCUGUCGCUCCUUGCAUGCUCUACGCCAUCAUGCGGGACCUCAAUCUGCGCGAAGGCUCACUCUCCGGCAAAGUCUGCUGAAGACCGCUCCCCGGCGAUCUAGCACACUCUCAGACGCGUCGCCGGCACCUCCGACAACAUGGGUGGACCGUAUGCCGAAGCCUGUUCGGCCAUACCUAUACCUAACGCGUAUUGACAAACCAAUUGGCACCCUGUUGCUGUUCUACCCUUGUGCAUCGUCUAUCACCAUGGCGUCGUACGCCCUCCAGACACCCUUAACGACCCCUUUGACCUACAUCAGCCUGUUCGGUUUGGGCGCGCUGGUUAUGCGCGGGGCGGGGUGCACAAUCAACGAUAUGUGGGACAAGGAUCUUGACAAGGGUGUCGAAAGGACGAAGACGAGACCUCUUGCUGCUGGGGACAUCACACCAACGCAGGCGUUUGCGUUCCUCGGCCUCCAGUUGACCGCUGGGCUCGGAGUACUCACUCAACUGAACUGGUAUAGCAUCUUGCUUGGUGCAUCCUCACUCUCAGUGGUGACCAUUUACCCCUUCAUGAAGCGAGUGACACACUGGCCCCAAGCCGUUCUGGGGCUCGCCUUCAACUGGGGUGCGAUGUUGGGCUGGUCUGCCGUCGCAGGCGCGGUGGACUGGAGCGUUUGCCUCCCGCUGUACGCCGGCGGGGUUUGUUGGACACUUGUAUACGAUAGCAUUUACGCACACCAGGACAAGACGGACGACGUCAACAUGGGUAUCAGGUCCACCGCACUGCUGUUCGGGGAGAGAACGCGGCCCAUUCUGAGUGCAUUGUCGGCCUCCUCUAUCUCCCUGAUCACGUACGCCGGGUACCUCAACGGUCACGGUGCGUUGUUCUACGGUGGUGUUGGCUUGGCGGCAGCGCAGUUGGCGCGUGUGCUCUGGCAGACCGACUUUGACAGCAGGCCGAGCUGCUGGAAGGGCUUCGUCGGAUGUGGCUGGUCUGGUUUCUGGGUCUGGAUGGGAGCCCUGGGUGACUAUGCCGUGUUGAUGUCUUCCUUGUCUUCGUAGUUUUACAGCUAUAUAGUAACUAACGUAUUCUGUUGUGUCCAAUAUGUUGGCCGAUGAGCCCUAGCUGCGGGCUGCCUUCGUCAUUCAAUAUUCUAACCUCAUUACAAAGACGGGUUAU